UAAACGAUUUAGGAAAAUAUAGACCGCCUGAUUUAGGAAAUUAUUAGUUAUUACAGAGCUUUCGAAUUGGGGUGUAGGGAUUAAGGGGUGCAAUUGAUACAAAACGCCGGGGUUUUUUAAAUGAAUUCCUCAAAAAUAAAAAGUUGAAGGAAGCGAACGCGGUAGUGCCGAUUGCUGAGCGAUGAAGAAAGGCAUUUCCAAAGUGAAACAAUGCAUAAAGCCACCGGCUUCGCUAUCAAAUCUUUCCCGCUUCAUCUCUAUCAUACGGCGUCUUCCAAUUUGCAAAACACAUUUUCGUCCUUGCUUCAUGAAUUCACCCAGUUUUGCUACCAACGAAACCUACCCAGAGCAGUGCAAACCAUGGACGCAAUGCACAAACAUGGAAUUUGGGCUGAUGCCACCACCUAUUCUGAGCUAAUCAAGUGCUGCUUGUCCCGCGGUGCAGUUCAACAUGGAAAAAGCGUCCACAAGCACCUUUUCUCUGGCGGGUAUCAGCCCGAAAUGUUCCUUAUCAACGUUUUGCUGAAUAUGUAUGUGAAAUUCAAUUUGUUAGAUGAUGCACGAGCACUGUUCGAUAAAAUGCCUGAAAGAAAUGUUGUUUCUUGGACUACAAUGAUAUCAGCUUACUCUAAUGCUAAGCUCAACGACAAGGCCUUGGAGUUUCUGAUUUCCAUGCUUAGAGAAGGUGUGAGGCCAAAUAUGUAUACCUAUUCUACCGUCUUAAGGGCAUGUGAAAGGUUAUCUAAUCUCAGGCAGCUCCAUGGUAAUAUCAUUAAGAGUGGGUUAGAAUCUGAUGUCUUUGUCAGAAGUGCUCUCAUUGAUAUUUACUCGAAAUGGGGUGAAUGCGAAAAUGCAUUGCGCAUUUUCAAUGAAAUGGUGACAGGGGAUUUAGUUGUAUGGAAUUCUAUAAUUGCUGGUUUUGCUCAAAACAGUGAUGGUGAUGAAGCUUUAAAUCUUUUCAAGAGAAUGAAGAGAGCUGGUUUUCCAGCUGAUCAAUCAACGUUAACGAGUGUCUUGAGAGCUUGUACUGGGUUAGCUCUUCUAGAAUUGGGAAAACAAGUUCAUGUUCAUGUGUUCAAGUAUGAUCAAGAUUUGAUCCUUAAUAAUGCUCUUUUAGAUAUGUAUUGCAAGUGUGGCAGUUUGGAAGAUGCCAAUUCUGUUUUCACUAGGAUGGUGGAGAAGGAUGUGAUCUCUUGGAGUACCAUGAUUGCUGGAUUGGCGCAAAAUGGUUACAGCAGAGAGGCAUUGGAGUUGUUUGAAUCCAUGAAGGUUUCAGGAAUAAAACCAAACUAUAUAACAAUUCUGGGAGUGCUAUUUGCUUGUAGCCAUGCUGGGCUUCUAGAAUCUGGUUGGUAUUACUUCCGAUCAAUGAAGAAGCUUUUCGGGGUUGAUCCGGGAAGGGAACACUACGGUUGCAUGAUUGAUCUUCUUGGAAGAGCAGGAAAACUUGAGCAUGCAGUUGGGUUGAUACAUGAAAUGGAAUGUGAACCAGAUGCCGUUACAUGGAGAACUUUGCUUGGUGCAUGUAGGGUGCACAAGAAUGUGGAUCUCGCCAUACAUGCUGCGAAACAAAUUCUAAGGUUAGAUCCUCAAGAUGCAGGGACAUACAUACUUUUGUCUAACAUUUAUGCAAAUGCUCAAAGAUGGGAUGAUGUUGCAAAAAUGAGGAAGA